AAAUCUCACAGCCAUCUCCCCAAUUUCAGCUAGGAAGAAGAAGAAGAAGAAGAAGCAGAAAAAGAAUUCUCACAACUUCUUCUCCUUCUCUCCCUUAUAUAUAUCUAAAUAUAUAAAAUAUUCUUUCUAAGCUCCCUGUCCUGCUUCGAUGGCUCAACUAACAUUAUCGAUUCCUCUGUUCUCUAUGUUUUUUGCGUAUUCUCUCAUAUCAGGAGUUGUUUCAACGACCUUUACAAUAACAAAUAAGUGUGACUAUACAGUAUGGCCAGGCAUUCUCUCAAACGCUGAUGCGCCUGCGCUUUCCACCACCGGUUUCGCCCUCCAAAAGGGGGAGACCAAGACCAUCACCGCACCUGCUUCAUGGGGUGGCCGCAUGUGGGCUCGAACCUUGUGCACUCAAGAUUCCACCGGAAAAUUCUCUUGCUUAACAGGUGAUUGCGGCUCUGGUAAGCUAGAAUGUUCAGGAAGUGGAGCUGCUCCUCCGGCCACUCUGGCGGAGUUCAAGCUCGACGGCUAUGGUGGGAUGGAUUACUUCGAUGUGAGUCUUGUAGAUGGGUACAAUCUCCCUCUGCUGGUGGUUCCUCAGGGUGGCUCCGGGCAGAAUUGUUCAAGCACCGGCUGCGUGGUGGAUUUGAACGGCUCGUGCCCUUCGGAGCUUAAGGUUACAAGCUCCGCCGGUGACAGCGUAGCUUGCAAGAGCGCGUGUGAAGCUUUCAGGCAACCACAAUACUGUUGCAAUGGCGCGUACGGUACACCCGACACUUGCAAGCCGUCCUCCUAUUCAGAGAUCUUCAAGAACGCGUGUCCCCACGCCUAUAGUUAUGCUUACGAUGAUAAGACGAGCACCUUCACAUGUAUGUCCGCGGAUUACCUGAUCACCUUCUGCCCAACGCCCAGCACCAGCCAGAAAGCGUCACAGGGUCAGAACACUGAUGGUACAAAUACAAACACAAACACAAUCAACAGCCCCAUGGUUUAUGAAGGUGCCGCUUUGGACCAAAGCGGAGCAACACCGUCCACGCGUAGCAACGUGUUCGGAUCACAUGCCAUUGCGGGGAUGGUCACCAUCACAGUAGCAAUUUGGCAAUUGAGACAUCUCCUCUAGGUUCUAACCAUCAAUUAGCUAGCUAGCUAGCUAGAACUUUUUUUUUUUUUUUUCAAUUUA